AUGGCUUCGCUCAAGCAGGAGCACCACUACGGGCUCUCCUGUGGAAAAAACAACAAAAACAGCCCCAACAGGACGCUGUACCAUGUCAAGCUCACGGACACGGCUAUCAGAGCGCUGGAGGCUUACCAAAACCUUAAGGGUUCUUUACCAAGUGAACCAGCAAUUUGUUUUAAAGGAAACCAAGGGUACGUCAAGAUCCCAGCUCCCACACCAGAGUCACCUUCUGCUCUCCGCGUCUUCUCCUUCUACUUAUCCAGUGACAGCAAAGACCAACCUCAAGCCAGCUUUGACUGCAUCCAUCAAUAUGUUUCAAGUGACGGCCGCGAGCAGCUGGAAGGUCAAGGCAUCAUCCAGGACAAGAUAACAGUGUGUGCCACAGACGACUCCUACCAGAUGACCCGUGAGAGGAUGUCCCAGGUGGAGAAAGACAGCUGGAGUCGCUCUGCCAUCGAGAUCAAACCUGGAGCCACACAUCCAAGUAAAUGUGUGAAGUUCCACAAGAAACCAGCCCCUCUUUCUGCAUCAGACAGCAGCUUCUCUAAGCAGUCUACCAAUAACCGAAGGAACGGCAGUAUGGCCGCCCCGACCCAGAAGCCCUUGAGGGAGCGCAUCAUCCACCUCCUCGCUCUCAAACCCUACAGGAAACCAGAGCUGCUGCUGUGGCUGGAAAGAGAACGAGCCGGCCCCAAGGACAAGGCUGAGCUGGGUGCCAUCCUGGAGGAGGUAGCAAAAGUGAAUCCUAAAGACAGCAGCUACCUGCUGAGGGAUGACUUCUACAAACACGUGCAGAGGGACUGGCCCACCUACAGUGAGGAGGAGAGGCAGUCGAUCAGCAGGCUGCUGGCCAGAAAGUUGCAGCCACACAUUAACCACCAAUCAAGAAAUCUUCAGACCUUGAAGACCUCAGAGGAUACAACAUUACAUCACAGCACAGCAAAAAAUCCUGCAGUGAAACGUCCCGUGCCUUUUGACUCGUUGGAAAGGCUCGCUGUUAAGAGACAGAAACUUGCGGACCAGAGGUUGCAGCAGCAGCCCACAGUAAACGGACUCUUAAAUAAUAAAGUUCAUGACAGUGCAGCUCCUACCCUCAACCUCAAUUUCCACACAAAGACUGAGUUUCAACGGACAAGUAACCAUAGUGGUAACCAAAAUGGCUUACCAGGGGGCCACAGUGGCUUUCCUCUAAUGCACAAACUGUCUAGCACCUCUGACACACCUGUCUCAGAGAGCAGAGAGCAAGAACCCAAAGUAAGCAGCUGCCAGCCACCACAGGUUGACUCUGACUGCACUCACCAGCAGCUCACCAACAGCCAGCACAAGAAGAAGAAAUCUAAAAAGCACAAAGACAAGGAGCGGGAGUGGUUAAAAGACAGCAAGGGCAGUGAAUGGUUGGAAACCAGCCCUGAUCUCAAGCAGAACAUGGACAAACUUGAUAAUCCUGACAUCACAAAUGCUGUGGCCUCUGAGGAAAAGCCGGAUUAUGUGCUCACAUACAGCACCAUUAUGAGUUUGGAGCAGCGGAAGACAUACCAGGAGGAUUUCUGUGCAGAGUAUGAUGAAUACAAGGACCUCCACUCCCGGAUCGCCACUAUUACUCACAUGUUUGUUCAGCUAGGAUCCAAGAUCAAAAGCUUGUCCCCUGGCACACAAGAAUAUAAGAUAAUGGAAGACCAAAUUUUAGAAAAGUACAACAAGUAUCGAAAGAAGUUCCCAGGUUACCGGGAAGAGAAGAAACGCUGCGAAUAUCUCCAUGAGAAACUGUCCUAUAUCAAACAGCUCAUCAUAGACUACGACAUCUCUCAGGCUUCCUCAUAGCAUCGGCUCUCCUCUUUGUCAAUUUUGAUCCCUUCUUUGCAUAAACAACGUAGGUGUCAAACUGUCAAACAAAGCGUUUUUACAUGAGAGUGAUGAAACUGCAGUGAUUGGCGGCCUGUGCUGGGACCACGGAUGAUGCUGUGAGCAUUAAUCGGUAGCAUCUGUCACUCUUAAGUCUAUUUGUUUUGAAGGUUUCAUUUCUUAAGAGAUGUUUUGUUGAUGUGAAACGUUCAAGGGCGAGGCAAAAAAUGUGAUCUUAGAAAGCAUCUGUGUACAUCAAAUUGCCAUGACGGACAAUUUCCAAAAAAGUUUUAGCCAGCCUUGUUGAAACCAGUGUCAGUUUAAGCCAUUUUGAUGGAAGGUUGCUAUUAUGAAUUUAACUUAUUCACUUUAUUGAUGACACUUGUUCAAUCACACAUUGCUCUAGGCAGGUUUCCCCUUUCCCUUUUCAUGAAUUUAACGACUUCAAUAUGCAGCGUACACUUCAAUUCCACAUCAAAGUUGCUUCAUGAUACAUGAUUGAAGUAGCUCAGGGAAAUAAAAAUUAAAUGUUUGAAGUCAUUUUAUCUCAGAUUCAUCCUUCAGCUCUUAUUAUGUAAAUGUUGUGAGAUAAUUCCACUUGUUCCCAGUGCAGUUUCCUUCAAUGUUUCAUUUGUCUUGAAGUGAGACUCGUUCAAAGCAGCUGCUGCAUUAGCAUCAGCUUGAAGUUUUUGGGGUUUUUUUUUUAUUGGAAACAAGUGAAAUAAUCUCACCCCUUGGCGGAAAAUAAUAUUUUUAGGAUUAUAUAUAAAGUGACGUAUUAAAAUGAACAUGUGAUUUUGCAAUACUGCCAGUGAGGGGGUCUUGAUGUUCACCUGGAUUCAUCUGAUUGGCUUGUUUCCUAGGUGGUGCUUUUAAAUACUGCUUACAUUUUGAACGGAGCUGAUUCCAAUUAGUAAAUACUAUAAAAUAUUAAGAGGAUUUGACAUGGUAAAAUAAUAAUGUUUUACCCUUAAAAUGAUAAUUUGUAUAUUAAUUACUCACCCGAUGUUACCUUGAAGUCUCCACACUGAUGAAUCAUCCAAAAACUGAGUGAAACAGUGAUAUUUUAAAGUUUAAAGGAGGCUUGCAUAGAAAUGGUCAUUUUAAGGGUAAAAUAUUCCGUUGAGGAGGUUUAUCCCCCAAAUGCACUUGUGGUAAAGUAUUUAUUCACCUCCCCUUUCUUUUGAAUGACUGGUAAAGGGACCAAAACGCUUGGCCUUGAUGGCUGUUGCAAUAAUUUGUUGAGGAAGAACGAUUUUCCUCCCCAAAGCCAUUACUGACAUUGUUAAUCAGGAACAAAGUCUAAUUUAAAGUAUUCUAACCGACUGGAAAGAAAUGUCUUUCUCUCUUUUUUUCUUCCUUAGAACUACUGAUGUAUUUAUUUUAAGCCACCUUCCUCCAUUCUGCGUUGUUUGUCUUCGUUUUAUUUGAGGAGUCAGGUCUUGUUAGAUCAAAGUGUUUGUUUGAAGCAGCUCGGAGAGGUUGUGAGCAGAUGAAAGAUACCUUAAUCCAUGUCUGUCUGACCUGACACAGUUGUGGUAACUGAAUGGGUUACAGCUUCCCCCGAAGUCCUCUAAAUUAGAGAUGGGAAUUGAAGAUCUUAUUGAUACCAAUGCCAUUAUUGAUUAUGCUUAUCGCUCUGAUCCUUUAUCGAUUCCUUUUUUGAUUCCUGAUCAAAUUGGUGUGGGGAAAAAAAUAGUCCUACACAGGUUUUCAGCAUUAUUGCUGGUCAAUCUGUGUAGAAACAGAAGAGUACAGGCAUUCAUGUGAAAAAAAUCACUAAUAAUAUAACAAGAUAUUUAUCCUCUGUGACAGACUGCUUGGUUGUGAAGCAUUAUUGCGUAAAUUGCAUUCUGGAAUUCUAGCCAAUGCUGAUCCAAAAGAUGUUUUCACAUUUUCUAGUUUUUUCCACCCUUAUUGUAAAUGAACAUUUUACAGAUAACUUUUAAUGUGCAACUGUCCGAAAAGCACGGCAGCAUUGUUAAAAAGAGUUGAUAAGCUUAAUGGGCAUUUGAUUCUGAUGAUCAGACAAUUUGGAACUGGUUCUCAACUGGAAUGGGUUCUCGAUUCCUAUCCCUGAUCUAUAUAUUAAUUCUGAAAUGGAGAUUAGCAGCCACUUCACCGAUAACUCUUCAGCUGUGUCUAAUAUUGUUUCACUUAUUUGUGGUAAAGAAAAAGUAUUUAAUUCAUGUGUUGCAUUCUUGGGUUAUUUAAUUAUUCAGACUGCACCACACAAAAUAGUGGACAACACUAUAUUGUGAACUUUGUAGUUUAAGGUGAUUUAUUUCAGCCCUAAAUAUUUGGUUUUCAGGAAAAUGUGGAGCCAUAUUUAAAAAAAGGUGUGGAUUUGCUACUUCAUUACAAGUUGUGGUACUAUUUAAACACUAGCCUGGAGGGUGAUGUCCUCAGUCAGUGCCCAUUCCAUUUUGUUUGCACUAAACUAAAAAAAGAUCACAGCAGGCUAGUAACAUUUCUAAUCAGAUUGUUGUUCUUCAUGGUUCAAGUUUUUGUACUGAAUGUUCUCAUACUGUCAAUGACGUAGAAGCCUUAAGAUGACACUUUUAUAGG